AUGACCAUAUCCUUUGGUGUUCGUGUAACACCGACUACUACGUCAACCCUCGCCCCAACUACAACAUCUAGCCAAGUGAGCCUGAUCGUCAGCCAAGACCUACCAACAGCUCCGCCACCACAGAUAUGUGCUGACGCCAAUAAUCCCACUACACCCCUCGGCAAAUUACGCAACGCUAUGAGAAAUACAAGCUAUACACAAAUGAAUGCAUUUCUAGAUGCAUUUAUCGUUUUCUACAGCGAUGAACAUUUGAGUGAGGAGCCGUCCCCCGAAGAACGACGGCUAGAGUACAUUAGCGGUUGGGACGGGGCCGGUACUGCGGCGGUACUUGCAGACGGCGCCGCCGCUGUGUGGGUGCCCGCAGGCGACGUGGCCCGUGCCCGUGCCGCUCUCUCCUGCGCCUGGACGAUCCUUGAUGCAGAUGACCCCAGUCAGCCUACUAUAGUUGAAUGGAUUGCUGAGCGUCCAGGGCGAAACGGUCGUAUUGGAGGGGACGCGCGGCUCACAUCCGUCGGCGAAUGGCAAAUUUUGUCAACAAACUUGCAGCGUGAAGGCUUGCAGCUCGUGCACAUACCGACACUGGUCGAUCAGCUGUGGAAUGAAGAGACUGACCCGUUGAAACGACGGCCAGAGUUCUCUCGAAUAGUAGCCAACUUACACAAGAUGGAAUAUACAGGUGUGACCUGGCGUGAGAAAGUGUUGGCAGUUCGCAAUGAGUUACGAUUGAUGGGUGCGGACGCGAUGGUGGUGACCGCAUUAGACGAGGUGGCGUGGCUUCUCAACAUUCGCGGGAAGGAUAACCCUUAUGCACCACUUCUGAAGGCAUUCGUUAUCAUUAGCAUCAAAGACGUACGUGUGUACGCACCGCCCGGAAAACUUUCCAUGCCAGUUCGAGAAAUACUGGCUGUGUACAACUGUUUUGCGACUUCGAAUAACUGUACAAGGGUGAAUGAAUACACAACGAUAUACUCGGAUCUACGACGAGCCACGGAAUCUAAGAUCCUCAUACCAACUGCUGGAACUUUUCAAAGAGGUGCAUCAGCUGCAAUCGCUCAAAGUAUUUCACAGUCGAAGAGGCUGUUUCAAAUGUCUCCGAUUAUUUAUUUAAAGGCUCAAAAGAAUCAAGCGGAGAUACAAGGAAUGAGAAAAGCACACCUGCGUGAUGCCGUCGCAAUGUGUACGGUCAUGUGUUAUAUGGAAAGUAUGGGAAAAUCGAGUCUUUUCGAAAAAACUAUAGCAAUGAAAGUGGACCUAACUCGCGCAACUCAGGCCGGCUACGUCAGUCUUUCCAUGCAUACUCGCGUGGCGUUCGGCCCAAACGGCGCCGAACCGGAGUACAGGGCCACCAAUGAAACAAAUAGACGUAUAUUUCCUAAUUCGACCUUGGUUAUACAGUCUGGAGGGCAAUAUGACGAGGGUACCACCACAGUGACACGCACACUACACUACGGGACGCCGUUACGCGACGAACGCAAGGCGUACACGAGCGUGCUCCGCUCUCUGGCCGCGUUCGGCUCGCUGCAGACACCCGCCACUCUGCCCGCAGCGCACACCGACCCUGUCGUGCGGGCGCCGCUCUGGGCCCACAAGCAGGACUAUAUACAACCGACGGGACAUGGCGUUGGAGCUGCUUUGAAUCGAAGAGAAGAUCCUGUUGUAAUAGACUACAGACAAGAUACUAACCUACAUACAUUUAGAGAAGGAUACUUUAUAACUAUCGAACCAGCGUGGUAUGAGGCUAGAAAGUUCGGAGUGAAGUUAGGGAAUGUUCUGGAAGUCGUACAGCGUCCUAAUAAUUACUUGGGUUUUCAAGAGGCUACGCUUAUUCCUUUCGAACCUAAACUGAUCGAUAAAAAUCUCCUUACCGAAUACGAGAUAAAUUGGCUAAACACGUACAAUGAACGCAUAAGAAAAACUGUGGGACCGGAGCUUAACGACCAAGGUUUAACCGACGUCUACUACUGGAUGAUGAACAAAACUAUUAAAGUGGAGUCACCUAGAGCCAAGAAACAAAACCAAAACUCCGCUACCACUAAUAAAAAUAAACAAAUAACAGCUGUUGUUGUAACUGUU